AUGCAGAUAACAAUUGAUAAAGCUAAAGUGGACAUAGAUAAAUUGAAGCAAGAAAAUGAAAAUUUGUAUAAUGUCAUUGAAAAGAUCUCCCCUCAAAGAAACUUUGAGGACAAAGGGAAAUGCAUUACCGAAGUAGGAAAACGGCAGCAAGAACGCAAGCUUAAAACCUUGGAAACCCGAGUAGAACAGGCAUUGUGGUUCAGUGAAUCCUUUGGGCUAAAGUUAGACACAGUUAAAUUGGUCGAUCACUUAGGGAAUCCGUAUUCUCUCUCAUUUGGAGAAAAAGGAAGGAAAUCCUACAAAGAUCUGCCCACUGAAGAGCAGCAAAAAAUUCAGGAGACAUUACAUAUCAUGGACAAAUUUUGCAUCAGUGAUGCUUCCUACCAUGAACUGUCCUGUUGUCCAGGAGGAGAUGAGCUUCCUAGAUCAUAUCUCAUCAAGCAGUGCAAAGAAGGCCUAAACAAACUCAUCUAUAUUGAAAGGACACCUGGAGAAGCAAAUGGGGCUGCUCUUAAUUUCCAGGAUGAGUUAAGGGUGGUCAUUGAAGGGAUGGUAAGAUACCUAAUCCUUUUAAAUAUGAUAUGAACUAUAUAUUUUGUAAAACAGGCCCAUGUUGAGGAGCUAUAAAGUAACCGAGUAAAUUGAACCCCAAAAUAAGUUUCAAAUUGGCCGCAUUCAGAAUUUUAACCCUUUAAGUGGUAAUGUGCCCAGAUGCGCCCUACUUUAUUAUUUUACUCUGUCUAACACCAGACGAUUUUACUCAUCAGAGGGAGAGUGCCACCACUCAAUGGGUUAAUUAAAGUACUAUAAAAGUUUGCAACCUUGAAUUUUAGAUUCAGGCUGAUGAAACACUAAAAGAUGCCCACUUCAAAGUGAAAAUCAGUGGUGAUGGGGCAAAGAUGACACGUCUAACAAACUUCAUUAUUAUAAGUUUUUCAAUCUUAAAUGCUGAAGAUACAGUAAUGUCAUCAAAAGGUAUUACUUUAUAUUGUAUAGACUUCAUUUGUUAGAGAUCAUGAUUACAAAUAUUAAAUAUUGUAGUCGAGAUGCCCAAAACAUUGAAAAUUGCCCAACAACCAUUUCAACAAUCAAACUUUCAAUCCAACUGUUUGAUUCCAAGCUUAGCAGAAAAUCACCCGUGAUUACUUUAAAUAUAAUGUAAUAACAAAUCUAUUUCUUUACAUAAAGGAAAUCAUACCGUUGCUGUAAUUAAGGGUCAUGAGGACUAUGCUUUGUUGAAAGAAUCAUGCUCCAAGAUUUUUGAUGACAUAAAUAAGUUAGCAAGUUCAGGAAAAAUCAAAAUUAAGGACAAGGAUGUACCAAUUGAAAUUUUUGUGGGAGGUAAUUACAAGGUAACCUAUUACUAUCCAUCAUAAAGCUUUGGUCUUGUGAGGUAACAAAUAGCAGGGAUCAGUGUGGGCGACUCCCAGUAUAAAAAAAUAUUUGAUAUGAUGCGACUUUUUGCAGGGAAAAUAUUGGUCACCAUGACUUGUCGGCUUGUUGCAUUGUGUUGGCAUCUCACAUCACAGGGCACAAAGUGUACAUGUAUGCAGUCCCAAACAUGCCAUUGGCCCCUGAAACUGUUAAACAUUUUAAGCUUUUCCAGGUUUAAACUAAUUAAAAUAUAUAUGUUUGUGUUUUUUAAGUUCCUGUUGUUGAUACUUGGAUUGAAAGGGGCCACCUCUGACUAUGCUUGCAUUUGGUGUAAAAUACACAAGUUAUUAAGGUAGACUAUUAAAGUGCAUCUUACUGUGUGUAAAGAAACUAUCUGAUAUACUAAAUCAUGAGAUAUAUCUGAUAUCAUGUUUGUCAUUGUCUAUUUAGGUGGGAUAUGUCCAAAACAAUGGCUUACUGGGAAACACAUGAUUGUCAUUCACUCAAAGACAUCAAAGAUUGUGCCUUAAAAAAUAAAUUUUCUUGCCAGCACCAACCAUUGCUGGAAGUAAAACUUGAAAAUGUUGUAUUGGAUGAACUACAUUUAAUGCUUCGCAUCACAGGUGAUCAUUAUCUGUCUCCUAAAGUAUUUGCCACUGUUUAAUAUCCAAUCCAUCCCCAAUGUACUCUCUCCUUUGUUUACCAUACUCAAUUUAAUUAAGUUGCACUCAUCAGGCGUGAGUGUUAGGCAAUAGGCAUUAAUUAACUGGUGCUAAGAUGCUAUUGCAAUCAGAUCUGUUUGGAUCUAGCGAGAUUUCAUCAGUUAUUAACCUGUAGGUGAUCAUAUUUUAGCAAGCUUAGCUCUGUUUUAUUACAAUCUCAAAAUUGACAUACCUUUAACUGAUUACCUGCAAGUAUGAACACAGCAACAUCACUGUCCACUGAUGUAUUAAAAUUUACUGCAAGCCAUAUUUGUAUCUUAAUAUACAGUCAACAACUAGAAAGAUCUCUUUAUUGUAAUAGCACAGGUAACCCAACAAUUGAUGCAAAAUACUUUAUUCAUUCAUUUAUUAUUGGUGGCCCCAAUUUUCAACUCUAUUCAAAGUAGCAUUGUAUAUUUAAUUUUUAUUAUAUUAACUAUUGUAAACUUUUAUCUCUCUGAUUUCAUCAAAUAUUGUAGAUGUAUUGACUAAAAGUUUAAUUAACGAAGCUCUGGAGUGGGACGUAAAAGAUAACACCCAUAAAGCACAAAAGCCAAAAGGAUAGGACAAGCAAACACUUGUCAGACCUUAUCAAGUGCAUCCAGGAAUGUGGUGUUUCAUUCAAUGUGUGGGAGAAAUGGAAUGCAGAUGGAAAAGGAAGUGGGGUACAUGACUUUACAAGUUUGAUGGGUUCAGACAAGAAGUUAUUGAUGAAGCAUCUCCCUGAUAAAUUGAAUGGUGUAAUCAAGCCAAAAAACUGCGACUCUGUUGUCAAGAUCUGGAAGGUGAUAAAAGUGCAUUGCAAAGCCAACUCGCAACUGUUCAGCGCUUACAUAUUGCUAUAAUAUAUAUAGGCGCUGAAAAAUUCCUUAAUUUAUAGGACUUUGACAAGAUUUAUCGAAUGAUGAAUGAGUGUGAUCCAUCACCUGAUAGAAUUGAAGAAUUCUUUGAACUGGUUAGUGCCAUACAAAUUACUAUCAUGUGUAUUGUAAGAGCCUGUCAUUUUCUUUGAUUAACCCUGAUUUUGUUACCAAGAAUUCCUUUGAGAAAAAGCAAUGAAAACUCAAAAGAAUUGUUGGUAGACAAAUUGAGGGUUAAUAAAAUUGUCUACCAUAGCUUUCAAGUAACACAGUGUAACAAUAUAUUGUACAACAGUUGAGUUCUUUUUAAAAAUCAAAAUGUACAUUAUUUUAUACUAGGCAAGUGCAUGGGGUAAGCUUUUUGUUUCUCUUGGUGGUGAAGUUAGUGGAUUUGGAAAACAACAUGUCACACCAUAUAUGCACUGCUUGGUGUACCAUGUCCCAAACUUUAUGCUGAGACACAAUGGCAUAUGA